CUCAAGUCACUCCCUAAAAAGAUAGUGGAAAUAAAUUUGAAUAAACAAAACAGGUUAGCUGAAAAUAAAACCAGGACUCCUAACCUGCUCUAGUUAGCCUGCUUCCACCAGGCCUGUCAGCCAGUGCUCCACCUGUGACUGAGUGAGCCGUGCCCAGCAUGUACCAGGUGGUUACAUUCUUGGCAAUGGUCAUGGGAACCCACAUCUCCAGUCUGCGGCUGCAGAAGGACUGCAGCCUCUGGCCCAGCUGCUGCUCCAGCAAAGUGCAGGACCUCCGUGAGGAGUGGCUGAAGUGGAACACUGUGCCUGUGCCUCCCUCGGAGCCUGCUAGCCUCCCCCACCAUCCAGAAUCCUGCAGGGCCAGCGAAGAUGGACCCCUCAACAGCAGGGCCAUCUCCCCCUGGAGAUAUGAGUUGGACAGAGACUUGAACCGGCUCCCCCAGGACCUGUACCACGCCCGCUGCCUGUGCCCACACUGCGUCAGCCUGCAGACAGGCUCCCACAUGGACCCCCAGGGCAACUCAGAGCUGCUCUACCACAACCAGACUGUCUUCUACCGGCGGCCGUGCCGUGGCGAGCAGGGCACCCACAAGGGCUAUUGCCUGGAGCGCAGGCUGUACCGUGUUUCCUUGGCUUGUGUGUGCGUGCGGCCCCGUGUGAUGGCCUAGCUGGACCGGUUGGAGGCUGGUCCCUUUUUGGGAAAACUGGAGCCAGGUGUACAACCACUUGCCACGAAGGGCCAGGACACACAGAUGCUUGGCCCCUGCAAAGGGCCGUGUGGAACAGAAGGAUCCCGGGACAGGAUGAGGGGCUUUGGGGGAAACCUGCACUUUUGCAUAUUUUGAAAACAGCAGCUGCUGCUUAGGGUCACUGGAAGCUGGUGUCCUGGCAUUUUCUCUUAGGAAAGAUUUUCAAAGUUCUGCCCAUUUCUGGAGGUCACCACUUCUGUCUCUUCCUGUCUUCCCAUCUCCUGCUACCCUGGCCCAGCACAGGCACUUUCUGGAUAUUUUCCCCUUGCCGGAGGAGAGCCCCUCAUUUUAUUUGCUGGUUUGUUUACUCAUCACUCAGUGAGCAUCUAUUUUGGGUGCAUUCUGGUAUACUUACUAGUCUUUUGACACGAAUGAUUCUGAGGAGGAAGCUGUUAUUGAAUGUAGAGAUUUAUCCAAAUAAAUAUCUAUAUUU